AUGGUUGACCAGUCUGUGGCUUUCACGGGUGCACCGUUCUUUGUGGUGGGUGCAAUUUGGUUCGUGAUCUUUGGUCUAUUCUUAUCUAUAACAUGCUUCUGCUACUGUUGUUGCCGGAAAGAACCUUUCGGCUAUUCCAAAACCGCUUACACUGUAUCACUCGUUCUUCUAAUUCUGUUCACCAUCACCACAAUUGUUGGAUGCAUCGUUUUGUACACGGGUCAGGGGAAAUUUAACUCAAGUACAAAAAAAGCGUUGAAAUAUAUCGCUCAUCAAGCUGAAAUAACUGCUAAAACACUUGGUAACGUGUCGGAUGAUCUUGCUGCUGCUAAAAAAAUAGCCGUUGCACAAGUGUUUUUGCCGGUUGAUGUGCAAGCUGACAUUGAUAAGAUACAAACUAAGCUUAAUGCUUCGGCUAUUGAACUCUCUAAGAGAACCGAAGCGAAUAAAAAAGACAUUCAGAAAAUCCUUCGAACUGUGAGAAUAAUGUUGAUUGUUAUAUCCGUGGGGAUGUUGCUUUUGACGUUUAUUGGAUUGAUGUUUUCCAUUCUUGGCAUGCAAUGCAUAGUAUACACAUUGGUGUUAUUUGGAUGGAUUUUUGUGACCCUAACAUUUAUAUUAUGCAGCGUGUUCCUUUGUCUCCACAACGCGACUGCAGACAGCUGCGAAGCAAUGAACCAAUGGGUCCAAAACCCUACGGCUCACACGACUCUAGACGACAUACUUCCAUGUGUAGACAACACCACGGCUCACGAUACCUCAAAGAGGUCCAAAGAGGUCACGGUCCAACUCAUAACCGUGAUCAACCAAGUCAUAAGAAACGUCACAAAUGGCAAUUUCGCACCAAGCAAUGCACCACUUUACUACAACCAAUCUGGCCCAACAAUGCCACCCCUUUGCAACCCAUUCAAUCCGGACUUCACUAACCGAACAUGUGAACCCGGUGAAGUGCCAUUGAGUAACGCCUCAAGUGUAUAUAGUAAAUAUGUUUGUCAAGUUUCAUCUAACCAGAUAUGCACCACCACGGGCCGUCUAACGCCUGACUCGUUUAACCAAAUGUCCGCUGGGAUAGAACUAGGCUACUCGUUGUGGUUGUACGGGCCGUUUUUGGUGGAUCUUCAAGAUUGCACAUUUGUCCGGAAGACGUUUACAGACAUAUCUCGAGAUCAUUGCCCGGGGCUAUGUCACUACCUCAACUGGAUAUAUGUCGGGCUGUUGAUGGUGUCAUUGGCGGUGAUGUUUUCGCUCGUUUGUUGGGUGAUUUACGCGAGGGAGAGGAGACACCGGGUUUAUACGAAUACGGUUAUUGGUAGAAGUGGUCGGGGAGGGGAGAAAGAUAUGUAA